UUUUGCCGCUCGAUGUUUUCGGGUCGGGCAAUAGAGCGCGUGUAGCAUUCAAAUUUCCGUCGUGCUGUUGUGUCUUGUGUCGACCGUCAACGAGUCGAGAAGCUUCGCGCUCCGCGAGGAGGAUAUCUCUCAUUCGAUUCUCGUUCAAAGUCUGCUCGGGAUGGCACAGAACGUGAACCCUUUCAGUUCGACGCAAAAUACGCCGACGAAAGCGACCGAGGAGAAGCAGAGCUUACCGAAGGAUAAUCACGCGGUCAGCAAACGGUUGCAAAAGGAGCUCAUGGUGCUGAUGAUGAGCACUGAACAAGGAGUAUCUGCCUUCCCAGAGGGAGAAAAUUUAUUUAAGUGGAUUGGGACUAUCACAGGACCAAGAGACACAGUAUAUGCUGGUCUCACCUACAAAUUAACUUUAGAGUUUCCACACAGUUAUCCAUAUAGCGCUCCUAUAGUACGCUUUGCUACGCCUUGCUUUCAUCCAAAUGUAGAUACCGGUGGUAACAUCUGUCUGGAUAUACUAAAAGAUAAGUGGAGCGCGUUGUACGAUGUGCGUACUAUUUUACUUUCUAUACAGUCCCUUCUUGGUGAACCUAACAACGAGAGUCCACUUAAUCUCGAAGCAGCAGAGCUAUGGAACAAUCAGACAAAAUAUAAAAAGUAUCUGAUGGAAGAAUAUCAUAGAGCAUUCGAUCGAGCACAGAGCAAUCGUAACCAACAAGAUUCAUGAUGAGCCAUAAUCUACUGUAAUCUAUAUUAUGUGAAUCACAUUUAAUAUUAUUAUUCCUAUCAAUGAUAGGAUUGAAUGUAAGAUUAAGUAGAAUUUUCUGUAUUUUCUGUACUUCUCUUAAAAGUCAUUAAGUACUGUUAAAUUUUUUAAUGGAAUUUUUUUCUUUUGGGACACAUGACCAUAUACAAAAUUCUUCAUGAAUUGAUGUUGCUUAGCAUUUAACUUAUUACUUUUGCAAGAUUUUUAAAAACUUUUGUAAGAGCGAUAUAUAUAUAUAUAAAUUCAUAUAAUCACUGAUAUUAGGACGAUUGCACAAGAAUUGCAUUUAUUUAUUUUUAUUGCGUAGAAACAAACGUAUUGGUUUUUUAUCAUUACUAUCAUUGCUCAUGUUUUAUACAUAUAGUAUUUGCACUUGAUAUUUGUGUGUUUCCAUUUCUACCAUUACUGUGUAUAGUUCUCAAAAAUAAAUAUUUUAAUGACCGUA